AAAAAAUUAUACAUUGCUGCUUGUUUGCGGGCUAAGGAAGGCCGAACGAAGCGCUUGGAUGCGAAAUAAUGCUAUUUUUUCAUUGCUGUCCUCCAGGACUCUUGAUGCUGUAUUCGGUAAAAACACUAAAACACCAUAAUUUAGCAUCACUUUGGACAGUAGCACAUUUUAAUUCUAUAGUUGUUUUUUGAAAGAUUUGGUCGUGUAGCCACCCUUUCGAAAUGGCCCAUACGACCAAAGAAAACAGAGAUGUCUAUUAUCGCAAGGCCAAGGAAGAUGGAUACCGAGCGAGAAGCGUCUAUAAACUAAUACAAAUAUUUCAGGCAUACGGAAUCUUCCACCCUAUCGCAAGGAUAGAGCAGGUCACAGAAAUACUACGCAAUGCGAAGUGCAAGCACUGCUGCCCUGGAGAUAACCUGGCCAAUGUCCGUAAAUUUGACAUCCUAGAGCAACGAGGGAACUCAUAUGAUUGCUCAAGCCUUCCCAGAAUCAGAAACGUAGUAGAUCUAUGUGCUGCACCGGGAAGCUGGACUCAAUGCAUCAGGGACUUUGUGUACAACGAGUACUUUGUAUACAAAGAUGCAGCUAAAAAUCUUGCUGAAAACAACACCCUGUGCGUAAAAAAAGUGGAAAGCUGUAACCUUAAACCUGUAAUUAUUGCAGUAGACCUACAGGAAAUGGCACCCGUAAAGGGUGUCCAAAUACUUAAAGGAGAUAUCACUAACGAACAGGUCAUGGAAAAAAUCAAAAACUUGUUCGUGGAAAACGUUAGUAAAAGGCUUCUAGAAACAACGGAAGAUAACUCAGAAUUGGCUGAUAGCAGCUUAGCUCAAAUUAUCACCUGUGAUGGUGCCCCGGAUGUUAGCGGAGUACACCAGACUGAUGCAUAUGUACAGUCAUGCCUCAUACGUGCGGCCAUUAGCGUUUGUUCAGCAAUUCUCGAUCCAAAUGGCCUGUUUGUUUGUAAAGCUUUCUGUAACGACAGUGAUGCCCCAAUCUACAGGCAUGUGAAUAUAUUUUUCGAUGACUUCAGCAUACACAAACCAGCUGCAUCGAGAUUAACAAGCGCAGAAUGCUUUGUUAUUGCACGCGGAUUCAAGCCAAUGGGAAAAAUCACUAGGGGCCUUAAUGGAUACGUUCACACAGCGGUAUCACAAGAUGUAAAACAUGAAGCAAAGUGGCUAAUACCACUCAUGUGUUGCGGCGACCUCGGAGGCUAUGACAAGGCAAUAAACAGCUGACUGAGUAUAAAUUAAUUAUGUCAGAUUUAAACUUUUAAGCCAUUGACACACAUGACUGCAGAGAACGCUAGCAAGCGUCUGAACUAACGAACCCCUACCACUGGAACUCUGCGACUUAACAGAAACCUGUACUCGCCAUGAGCUUCCCAAAGGUUCAAUGGCCAACUCAAUGUAGUACAUUUGCCUGUGAAGCCAAAUGAACAUAA